UAAUAGUUUGAUUUCAAUCAAGCGUCGUACAGCGUGUACCGAACACAAAAGUUCCGUGAAUCAAGCCUCGUUGCCUCGGCGGAUCAAUUUGCUCAUGAUUUUCAGUUAAAAGCUGGAAGUGCUCGAGUUAAGAUCGCCUCGCGAAAUUCGAAACACGACAAAAGUUAAUUUAUUUAAUAACAAAAAAAGUCGCAUAAUAAUAGAAGAGAAUAUACGCGACGACGAACAGUGCUUUGUGAGUGUUUCGUUAUUGUUGUGAAUUAUUAUUGUAGAAUUUUGUAGCGACGAAUGAAUAGAGACGCAGACAAACAACAAUGAUAACGAUGAUAUAACCGAGAAUCGUGUGUGAAUGAAUAGAAAGACUGCAUAGAAAAAAAAGAGUGGAAACAUAUAGAAAAAUAACCAACAAUCAGCUGUUGUGUUCGAUUUUUUUCACGUUGCACAACUUCGGACGCGAAAUAUGGUGUACCGAUUUACAAAUAGUCGAUCAGAUUUUAUUUUUAGCGGAUCAUUACCCGAUGAGACGAUUACCUAUUCACGGAAAGGAGGAUGCUUUGUGACGAUUUGUCGAGGAAUUGCUAUUGCAGUGUUGUUGCUGAUUUUCAUAUUUUUCCUCACAUUUACAAUAUUUUUUGCUACCAAGUAUGCCUAUGAUAUAAAACCCAACAUCACGCUCGAAGACUUCCUCAACCAUCGUCCCUACAUCAUCGACAAACGCGUUCGCACGCCCAAACACAUCAUCCCGAAGCACUAUUGUCUCUAUAUCGCGCCCAUUUUCAACGAGACCAAGAAUCCCUUCUCCUACAACGGCAUCGUCUGGAUCACAAUUCUCUCGAAACGUCACAACACGAAACGCAUCGAAGUCAACAUCAAGGAGCUGGACAUCAAACCGAGCGACGUCAGCGUUUACCGGAGUUUGAAACUCACGAGUCUCGACUUUGACGACGACCCGGAAUGGGACUCGAAGGAAAUCACGAAAAACAGCGUGACGCGACGCUCGAAACGCGAAACGGAGGAAACGGCGGAAGAAGAAGCUGGCGAGGAAAGUGAGGAAGAAGAAACGGAAGAAACUCCCACAGAAACCGAGGAGGAGGAGGAAGAAGAAGAAGAGCCCGUUGUCGCUGCAGUUCAAGACUCGCCGCCAGAUGACGCUGAAGAAGAUGACACAGUUGACGUUUCCGAAAGUGGCGACGAGGAAGAAAUUAACGACGCAGCCGAGGAAAUUCCCGAAGAAGAUGAAGUUGCGGCGGCGUCAAGUACAGCUGAACCGGAAUCCGCGUCGACCUCAACUAAGCGCCCGCGAAACAAAUAUCAUCACAUCAACUUGGAAAAAGAGGAAUUUAUUCCGAUUAAAGUCACGGAUGUCGAGCACGAUGAAGCGAAUGAGCGACUUUUCAUCUAUUUGGGCACGGAAAUGAAAAAAGACAUUUAUUACAUCGUACGGAUUAAUUUUAGUGGCAACAUGACGCACGAUCGAGGACUUUAUUUUACGACUUAUGAGGACACAGCGAAUGAAAUCAGUUAUUUUACGGCGACUUUUCUUGAGCCAGAUGCACGUUUGCUGUUUCCCUGCUUGGAAGAUCACAAUAUUCAGACCCCGUAUGACAUUAGCAUCGCACGGAAUGGGAAUAUGGUGACAGAUUCCAUCUCGGAUCUCGAGGAAGCGGAAAUUAUGAAUUCAACUUGGUUCGUCGACGAAUACAAUCGAACAAGUUCAGUUCGUGCCUCGGAAAUUGGAUUUAUCGUCACAAAUAUGCAACCUCGCUCAUUCGAAAUUACUCCAAAUUUGACAUUUAUUUUUUAUGCACGCGAAAAAUACACUCCUGACUUGAAUUAUACCGUUGACUUGUUAAAAGAUGUCAUUCAGAUCUACGAAAAUUAUUUUGAGAGUCAAUUCCCGUUCGAGCGAGUCAAGUACGUUUGUGUCCCGAAUGGACCUCCAUCGCAACGAGAAGUUAAGGAUAGCAUGAUUUUAUCGAGUGAACAUCACAUCUUAUACAGCCAUUAUUUCCCGUCGUUCCCGAAGGAAUACGUCGAUCAAACCGUCGCUUACGAAGUCGCUCUCGAAUGGCUCCACAAAACCUACGAAUGGCAAUACACGGACCAAUAUUGGGUUUACGAGGCAUUGCCGCUUUUCAUACAAAAUGUCGCUCUCGAUCACCUCCAGCACCGUUCUGAGAAGGGAAAUUCGGACCAACUCAUUAUCGGCGAUCGUUUCAAGGCGUUACGCGACGAAAUCAACUUCAAAACGACAGCAAUCAACGUUUUCGACAACGACUGGGACGAUUCCAAGUAUUAUCAUUUUAUUCAGCGCAAAGGUUACAGCAUCUUGCGAAUGUUUAAUCGCACUCUUGGCGAGCCCGCAUUUCAGGGAGGCGUCAAAAAAUUCGUUUCAGAGCGAUUGGCGAAGGAAAGUUCCCUUUUUAAUGAGUGUCUCGUUGGGGCAGUUGACAAUUCAUCGAAGACAGCGAAGGAAAUUAGCAUUAGCGAUUAUAUUCGAUCGUGGCAGGCGAUGGAAAAGUAUCCGAUCAUUAAUGUGACGAUAGAUCGCGAAACGGGAGAUAUUAAAGUGGAUCAUGUUGAAUUUUCGUUCGGUGAUGAGGCGUUGCAUCAAAGUGUGAGCAUUCCGAUUUAUUAUACGAAUGAUUCCGUGAAGAAUUUCGAUUAUAUGGGAUUGGAGUGGAUUAAGGCGCCGUAUAAUUCGACGGUUAUUAAGGGAGCUUUGGAUGCUGGAACGAAUGAGUCGUGGGUUAUUUUGAAUCCAAUGGGAAUUGGAUAUUAUCGCGUGAAUUACGACACCGAAACAUGGCAACAAUUUGCAAAUAUCCUCAAGGAGAGUCCCGAUGACUUCCCACACUACACACGUGCCUUACUGAUUGAUGAUGUUUUGAAUUUAGCGAGAUUUGGAUUUGUAAACUACUCAAUAGCGUUCGACUUGAUUUCUUACCUGAACGUCAAUGAGAAGGAAUAUUAUCCAUGGAAGGAGGCUUUUGAAAAUCUCAAGUAUUUGUACAAUAUUUUGAAGGAUCGUCCUGGCUUUGAAAUUAUUGAGAAAUUCAUGGUCGAAACAAUCAAGCCCGUUUACGAAGAAUUCAUCACAAAAGAUUCCGGCGAAGGUAGUUCGCAAGGCGAGGAAAAGCUCCGCAUCAAAAGUCUCAUCUACGAAUGGGCCUGUCUCGUGGGUCAUCCGCCCUGCAUCGAGCACCAAAAACGCGAAUUCUACAAAUUGAUCGAGCAAAAUAUCAUCAUCGACUCGCAAAAGUCCCUCGACGAAGACGAACUCUACUUGAUGGUUUGCACGACAAUUCAGUACAGCGGCAACCACGAAUGGAACACGUUGGCGGAAAGUCUCCCGAAAACCAUCGACUUGAACGAGAAAAAAACUUUGUUGCGUGGCAUGGGAUGCACUCGCGAAAUCCACAUGAUCCGAAAAUACCUGAAAUAUUUGACGGAUGACGAAAUGUACAAACUUGCGGGCGAAAUUAUUUUGGCGGUGAGUCAAAAUAAAGUCGCGCUGAAGUACACCUUGGAUUAUUUGUACGACAAUUGGAGCAGCGUGACGCAAUAUCACGAUUUGAAGGACUUGACGCUCAUGUUUAACAGCAUCGUUAAUCGGAAUGAGUUUGAAAUUUUCCGUGGAAUUUUCGCCAAGAAUUUCGAUAAAUUCACGACGCGCGAUAAGGAAUUGCUGCGAACGACACGUGCCAUGAUACUGAAAUCGCUGGAUUGGAAGGAGCAAAUAUCACGUCUCAUACAAAAUUAGCACGAAAUUUGAUUUUUGCACCACUAAUAAGCCAUAAUCACGUUUUUUUCUCGAUAUUUUAAAAGAAAAAAUAAAACUUUAUUUUAAUAUUA